ACUACAAAGUCUAUUGACUCAGCUCGACUAGAAGGAAAAGGACAACCGAAAUUCACCACAGGUCGAUGGAACCCACAUCAUAGCGGUUCACAAAUCGCCACAGCUAAUGACAUGACAAUCCGCGGGUGGGAUGUCAGAACUAUGAGGUCAGUGAUUUCUGGAAAUUUAACGCUUGCUUUCCUGGUUUUGUUUGUCUGUAAUUGUUGUUGUUUGUUUUAAAUUGUUUUCUGUUUUCGUUUGUUUUGUUUCUUGUUUAUUUUGCCAUGCAAAAGGGUUAAAAGCUGUGGAUUAGAGUACUUAACUAAAGAGACAAAUUAAUAGCCUAAAAAAGGAGUUAAACAGCUUGAAUUUCUUGAUUAAAAUGCACCCAGGAGCACACUCUUAGUUUACUCCGUAGUAUGCCACACCCGAGAAGAGAAAGAAAUGGAUAUACAUUUCGGCGUGGGAGGGGUGGGAGGGGGGCGAAAAACGCGAACUUCCCCUCUCCCUUUAUCCCUGUACGUUCUUUUAGCAGCGCUUUUUGAUCUAAGAAUCAAUCCCACCAUUUGAUUUUAGCGCUAUCGAACGCUUUCGCCCUCACUCGUUAUUAAUCCGCUCUGACCCUUUCACCGUAUGCUCGCACAGAAACGCUUCUUGUGUAGUCUAGACCGAAUAUAAGAGAUAAAGGCCAAGGGUUCUUUUAAAAAGAACAAUAAUAAUUGUUAUACUACUGCCUCAGAUCUGUAUACACCAUUGAGAAUGCACACAAUCAGCUGGUGCGGGAUUUAGACUUUAACCCAAACAAGCAGUACAUACUGGUCAGCUGUGGUGAUGACUGUAAAGUACGUUUCUGGGACACAAGAAACUCUACCUCUCCCCUGAUGGUACUACAAGAUCACUCACACUGGUAAACCAGCUUUUCUCUUUAGCUAGUCAAACUAAUUCGUCAAGUAUAGGGCUGUCAGUGGUCGUUUGCUGCUGAAAAUGCUGAUGUUUCGGUAUCAGAUGAUUCAGAUUAUUGUAUCACACAAUAUUUUACGGAUCCUCUAAAGGCCCAUAAACACAGCUCAAUAGGCCCUUUGCAGUUAGGGUCACGUGAUCAAAUCUUUCCUUAAAAAAUCUAUAUUAUGGGCUAUAACUUAAAGAAUGCCAGAGAUUGAAAGAGCAUAUCAAAAACACCAAAAUGGCCAAGGUUGGGCCCCUGGAAUUACAGAGUACUGUUUAUACAACAGUUUGAACUUUCGGAAAAUUAAGAGGAUUUGUAUGGAAAAUGUUGCUGGAGAGCAAGGCCUUGCUCUCCAAAAUUUUUUUCCACACGAAUCUUCUUAUUUUUAAAAAAAUUUAGACUGUCAUAAAAUCUCUUUCUUGAAUGAUGGGGACCUCAAACUUGGCUAUUUAGAUAUUUUCGACAUGCUUUUUCCAUUUCUGAAAUUUGCUAAGUUAUGGCCCAUAAUUUUAUGAAAGGUAGGUGUCAUGAUGGCUUAGCUGCAAAGAGCCUAUAAUUGCUGCGUGCGACACUGUAUUCAAAUACGUACCGCAAAUUAUCUAACCAAACGCCCUCUCUCAAAUAAAGCCUCUUGCCUAAUAAACGCCCUCCCUACACUUAUAAGUUUGUACACGUACACACCUCCUGUUUAAUAGAAUUUCCUCAUGACAUAAUUAUUGCUCAAAAGAAAAUUCAAUUUAUUCUGCUUCUUGCUUGAUUAAUUAGAGGUUGCGCAUUACAAAGUAAGAAUUCUGACAUCCAAGUUGAGCUUUAAAAAGCCAUAUGGAUCUCUCAAACGCCCUAGACUUAUCAAUGGAUGGACUGGAUUGUCUUCUGUUUAUAAACUGUGGUGAUACAUUCACCGAAAGCAUAUUAGUUUUGUGGAGUUUGUUGCAGUUUUGGGAAUAAACGUCUCGUAUGGUAUCUUACGCCUCCCAUCUAUUAAACGCACCGGGCGUCAGUUAGAUCAUUUACGGUAUGCAGUAGUAAAAUUUUGCUCUUCUACCACAAUAUUGCAUGCAGUAGACUUUCUUUUGUACAACUAAACAUUUCGCAUCAUUUUCAUUUCAGGGUGUGGAGUGUGCGGUAUAAUCAUUUCCAUGAUCAGCUGGUUUUGACGUCGAGUAGCGACAGUCGAGUGAUUCUCAAUAACAUCGUGUCUCUGUCUUCAGAACCUUUUGGUCAUCUGGAUGAUGAAGAUGAAGAAGACGGUGCACAAGACAAAGGGUCAGUUUAAAAAUCCCGCUAUCAUGGGUAGUAGAUUUAGGGACAGUUUACAUGGAGGUGGGGUACUCCAGGUUAGGUAGGUAAGGUAACCCGACCUGUCCAUAAAAUCUCUCAUUUUAAUAUGAUCACGUUUACAUCAUAGGUGGGGUCACGCGCCGCGUGUUACCUCACCCUCACCUAUCUGAGGACCCCACCUCCAUGUAAACAGGCCCUUAGAAAUAAUCCUCGGGUGUCGGAAUCCAUUCGUCGGUGGUCCGGUAUAAACCAAAGAAGAGGUAAUCCAUUAAAAACGUUUGACCUCAUGCUCCCUAAUUUUGUUUGCAUUGUGCAUGGAUCGCUGGAACGAUGCUGACCAUGUAUUUUCAAAAAUGAGAGGGGAAAAGGCCAUUUGAAGAAUGGCAUCUUUUCACUACUAAGACCAGAAUUCAUUUCGUUUUCUGUUCUUUCAUAUUUGAAUGUGGUAAUCCCAAUGAGGAUAAAAUAACAAAAGCCCUAAUUUGCACAAAAAAGGCAAACCCCUGAAGGAUUCUUACUGGUAGUAGUAGUAAUAUGACGUCAUCUUGCAAAUAGCCUGUUGUUCACGUUAUGGUUUUCCUGUAAACCGCGCCAGAAGAAAAUAAUGGAAACAAGACUCAAUUAAGCGUUUAUCUGUAUUUUCCCCUUCAGGUCCCGCGAACCCACAAAAGACGGAGUCAUAGCAACGUUUGAUGAACACGAGGACAGCGUGUAUGCAGUGGAAUGGUCUACCGCUGACCCCUGGGUGUUCGCCUCGCUGUCAUAUGAUGGUCGACUGGUUAUAAAUAGGGUGCCCAGAGCGGAGAAGUAUAAGAUACUUCUUUAG